AUGGUAGAGGAGUACACUAUAGAUGAGACUAUUCCUUUGGGAAACGAAGUAAACACACAAGUCGUAGCAUUUUUGGGUGAUUAUGAUAGAACGGUGUGUGCUCUGAUCUCUGUUCAGCUUCCUGGAUCUCAACUCGAUUUUCUCAAGUUGGACAAUCGGUAUUAUAAUACGAAAGUUGGCAUUCGCCAUUUCCGUUGCGUGCAAGAACUUGAUGAGUGGCUUGCAAAACAGAAAAACGGAGUUGAAGUAGGAGUUUUGAUCGUUAGAUAUAACAACAAGCAGGACCUGAACUUCCUCGCAGAUAAUACUCAACUAUGCCAAGAGGCCCAGGCUAUUGUCUUAGACGACGAGAGCUCCGACGCAGAUGGGUUUGCUUUACAAUGGGCCACAGACAACAACUUUGAAAUAGUGUAUCUCAAUCCUGAUCUUGGCAACAGAGAAGAGGCUGCCUCCCAUAACGAGAAGAUCGGUCCCGCUAGACUUGCUGAAAUUAUUCAAACUGUUAACUGGCCAACAAAGCAUCAUAAGAUGAAGAACAUCACAGGAAAAGAGAAAGUUGAUAGAAUCUUACAAUUGCUGGACAAGAUGGACUUUAGCUCAGAAAGUGAAAACGAACCAGAUGAAGAGGAUAAAGACGCAAUUUGGACAGCUUUCACCACAGCUGUUUCUAAUUCUCCAACACCUGAAGAAGAGGAGGAACAAGAGGAACAUGAAGAUGAGGAAGAAGAAGAGGAAGAAAUGAACAAAGAAGAGCGUGUAAAGACUCCAGCAGAAAGGAAUUCUCCCGUCACUAUUUCUGAGGCUGUGGUCGAGUGUGUUGAAGCAACUAUAUCUGUUGAUGUCGUACUGAACAAUACUAAGAAGGCUGAUGCCAUUACGUCAGAUAGAAAUCAAGUGAUGGAAGAAACCAAGAAGAAGAAGAACAAGAAGAAUAAGAAAGCUAAAAAUGAUGGUCCUUCCGUUGAGCCGGAGAAGAGCUCACCUAAAAGUGAAGAGAAGAAGUCCAAAGAGGAAGAAGCCUCUUCUUCCGAACACGAUGAAGACGCCGUUGAUAAGAACCAAGUGAUAGCUACCCUGUUCAAAGACCUUAAUAUGAAGCCGGAAGAUAUCGAAGUGUUGAAUCGAAUGAUUAACAGUGUCGAGAACGGUUCCGCCGAUACAACUGUAGGAGAUCUGUCAAAAAUUCGUGAAGAAAUUGCUGGAAUGAAUACGAGCGAAGCACGUAUUGAUAGAGCCGAAACAGUUAUCAGAGGAAUAGCUCGGUCAUUGAACGUGGAUUUCGGUGACGAGUAG